UCUGCUGGCCUCUAAAUAAACAAACUCAUAAAUGGCUGCGUACUGUUUACUAUGUUGUGAGCAUUAGCUGGUACAUGUAAAGUUCAGCGAUAGAAACAACCGUAAGAAAUUUUUGGAUAUAUUUUAAAUAUACAACUUUCGCAUAUAAUAAUUAUCCAAGUUAAAGUGCUGGUUAUAGUGUGUGAAAAUUACUCGUAUAAUCACAACGACAGUAUACUGUAUCACACGUAUCGAAAUUAAAUCAAUGGACAGUCGACCUCGAGAGAGAGGAGGAAAAAGAGGAAGAGGAGGGCGAGGAUACAGAGUUGAAGAGAGCAGGGGUGUGAGAUUGUCCAAAUCCCUAUCUUAUGUAUUACGCCAUGGUGCCAGUAAGAUGGGCCUUCAGAUGAGCUCAGAUGGUUUCGUGUAUGUUGAUGAACUUCUGGCUCAUCAGCAGUUUCGCUCUUUUUCAUUGGAGGACCUGCAGCAGGUGGUGGCCACCAAUGAGAAGCAGCGAUUCAAGUUUCAAACACACCCUGAUGAUGGACGUCUUCAGAUACGAGCCAAUCAGGGUCACUCGGUGCAGGUUGAAGAUCUGGAGUUGAAACCGGUGUCACCUGAUGAUCCAGACUGUCCAAAAGAGGCUGUGCAUGGCACAUAUAUGAAUCACUGGCCCUCUAUACAAAGUCAGGGUCUCAGCCGAAUGAACAGAACUCAUAUACACCUGGCACCUGGGCUACCUGGAGAGGGCGGAGUCAUCAGUGGUAUGAGGCAGAACUGUGAGGUGGCUGUGUACAUUAAUGUCUCAAAAGCUAUUUCAGAUGGGAUUCAGUUUUUCUGGUCGGCGAAUGGGGUUUUGUUGACCCCUGGAGAUGCUGCAGGGGUGUUAGCACCCUGCUACUUCUCUAGAGUACAAAAACUCAAACCUUCGGUUUGUGAAAUCGAGCUGCAAUAGCCGUUGGAGAGGAUUUUUUCUGACAGCAAUACUAAAAUGGGGACAAAUCCACUACUGUUACGCAUCUACUCAACAUGAAAAUAAAAUUAUUGUAAGAUCUAUGUAACUGAGUAACACGAUUAAAACGGUUUUGUUUACAUUUUCAGGCAUAAUUCACGCAAAAUUCUGUCAUUAUUUACUAACCCUCAAGCUUUUCCAGACUAACAUGUAUACAUUUCUUUAUUCUGCUGAACACAAAUGAAGAUAUUUAAAAAUAUAUUUGUAACAAAGCAGAUCAGGGGAACCAUUCCCUUCCAUAGUAGGGAAAAUAAUAUUAUUGAAGUCAGUGGUGCUCCAGAUCUGUUUGGUUACAAACAUUUUUCAAAAUAUCUUUGUUUUCAGCAAAACAACAAAAUUUAUAUUUUUGUGUGAAUUAUCCUUUUAAAAACAUUAUACAUUUUUAGAUAACCUGAGUCUUGACAGCCCACACCAGGUCAGAAUUAAAAGUUUGGGAUUAACUUGCCAGGGAUAAUAAUUAGGUCAAUAGCUUGUUUUACAGGUUGUCUGAUGUGUUUUGUACACAAAUUGUUGAUUGACCUCCUAAACCUGUUUUAUUUGUAGGGCACUUUCAGCCCAUUGCAUAUUUGUCAGAAAAUAGACUAUCUAAAUCCAUUGGAGAGCUCAAGAUAGAGUCGUCUGUGUCUCAUGUUUCUACUGGGGGAUUUUCUGCAAGCAUAUUUAUGUACAGUGCACUUGACAGGGACAAAUAACAUCCAGUGGGCUUAUUUUUUUAUGCAUUUUGUUAAUUUUCUGUGAGUUCUGUCCAUCAAAGCCACAUUUGUUGCCUACAUUCUGGGAGGAUUGAACAUUCUGCUGUUGCACUGUAAAAAAUCAUUUGCUGCCUUAAAGGGGUCAUAUAUUGAGAUUUUUUAAAGAUGUAAAAUAAGUCUUUGGUGUCACUAGAGUACGUAUGUGAAGUUUUAGCUUAAAAUGCCCCAGAGAUAAUUUAUUAUAACAUGUUAAAAUUGCCACUUUGUAGGUGUGUGCAAAAAUGUGCCGUUUUGGGUGUCCUUUUAAAUGCAAAUGAGCGGUUUUGUUGCCAUUGAAACUCAAUUGUGCUGUGAAUUAUUUUCUCUCUCUCUUUUUCUCUGCACUAAAUGGCAGUGCUGUGGUUGGAUAGUGCAGAUUAAGGGGCGGUAUUAUUAUAAUAAGAGCUCCUUAUGACAUCAUUUCAAUGACCUCAUGUGCUUGCAGAAAAUGGUUUACCAAAACUGUUACUGGGUUGAUCUUUUUCACAUUUUCUAGGUUGAUAGAAGCACUGGAGACCCAAUCAUAGCACUUAAACAUGGAAAAAGUCAGAUUUUCAUGCCAUGGCCCCUUUAAAGGGGUCAUAUUAUGAGAUUUUAUAAAGAUGUAAAAUAAGUCUUUGGUGUCACUAGAGUACGUAUGUGAAAUUUUAGCUUAAAAUGCCCCACAGAUAAUUAAUUAUAGCGUGUUAAAAUUGCCACUUUGUAGGUGCAAGCAAAAAUGUAGUGUUUUUGGGUGUGUCCUUUAAAAUGUAAAUGAGCUGAUGAAACGCAAACACUGAUCACAAUGAUGGUGGUUUGUUGAAAUUAAAACUCAAUUGUGUUGCCAAUUAUUUUUCUCUUUCUGUCUGCACUAAAUGGCAGUGCCGUGGUUGGAUAGUGCAGAUUAAGGGGUGGUAUUAUCCCCUUCUGACAUCACAAGGGGAACCCAAUUUCAAAGACAUAAUUUUUCACGUGCUUGCAGAGAAUGUUUUAAAUGCAAAUGAGCGGUUUGUUGCCAUUGAAACUAAAUUGUGCUGUGAAUUAUUUUCUCUCUCUCUUUUUCUCUGCACUAAAUGGCAGUGCUGUGAUUGGAUAGUGCAGAUUAAGGGAUGGUAUUAUUAUAAUAAGAGCUCCUUAUGACAUCAUAAGGAAAGCCAAAUUUCAACGACCUAUUUUCUCAUGUGCUUAAAGAGAAUGGUUAACCAAAACUAAGUUACUGGGUUGAUGUUUUUCACAUUUUCUAGGAUGAUAGAAGCACUGUGGGGACCCAAUUAUAACACUUAAACAUGAAAAAAGUAAGAUGUUUAUGCCAUGGCCCCUUUAAUUUUUUUAAUUGAAUCAACUCACAUUUACAAGUCAUUUUAAAUUACUAUUAUUUAACUUGACUAGAGAUGAGUUGUUAUAACUUAUAAAAUAUAGUUGAAAAAAGUCAACUUCAACGUAUAUAGUCAAGAUAAAUAAUAGUAAGUUGACAUGACUUGUAAAUCUGAGUUGAUUCAACUAAAAAAAAUAAGGCAGCAAAGAAUUUUUUACAAUGCAGAAAUGUUUAAUGUUUCACCAUUCGUAAUCGUAAAUGCUUUAUACAAUUAUACAAUUUAUUUAAAAAAUUCUCUAAUGCUAAUUGUGCAUUAAUAAAUGCAUUAUACCUGGACCAGAUUGUAUAAGAGAUUUAAUUUUUGUUCUCGUUUAAAUAAAAUCAUACGCAUUACUAAA